CCAAAUUCCUUACGAUCGUUACUCCGACCGAUUCUGUGUUAAGUUAAAUAAAUUCGAAUAGUUUAUAACUAUUAAAACGUAAAUCAAACAUGACGUAGGUAGUGUAUGAAACAAAAUAGUGCAAAGUUUCGUGUUUAGUGUGGUAAUCAGUGCUGUGAUGUCGCUAGUUCUCUUACAAGUAACGGUAUUGUAAGUGUCGUGAACUUUAGCUGGUUUGUUAUUUGAAUACGGCCAGUACGCCACAUAAAAGCCUGUUCAUGACCAAAAGUUAAGGAUGCGAAAAUAGGCGUAACUUAUUUAUUCACAAAAUAAACGACACACGAUGGAGUUACGAUGGUGGCUCAUUCUUUGGGCAUGUUUAUGCUUUUCAUCAGGCUCCACGAACAUGCUGCCGGUGUUUGUCCAGGACAUGAACAAUUUAGCGUUAUCUGAGAGCACGCCGGUCGGCGAGGUGGUCUACACGCUGCAGGGGACCGACCCUGAGGGGUUUCCAAUUAAAUACGAUUUAGUUGGAACGGAUAAGUUCGUGGUGAACUCCACUACCGGCGUCGUCACGCUCAAUCGACCUUUAGAUAGGGAGGUGGAAGACACAAUCAAGUUCCUAGUAUCGAUAGAGGACCAGAAUCCGGAUUCGAAACUUAAUCAAGUAUUGACACAGCCAGUGACGGUCAUCGUGUUGGACGAAAAUGAUAAUCCGCCCAUAUUUAAAAAUAGUCCGUACGAGGUAGACGUUCCUGAAGACGAAAAAGUUGGGAAAACCAUUCUGACCAACAUAUACGUUGAGGACAAGGAUUCAGUUGGUGAUAACUUAGAAGUCGGAUGUAUGAGUGACCAGUGGACAGAGGCGUGCGAGAGUUUUGAAGUGGUACCUCUGAACUCGUCGUCCAAUCAUUACACAGGCGCGUUGGUGCUGAAGAAGAAGCUCGAUUAUAACGAGAGGCAGUUCUACCAAUUCCAGUUGUAUGCUACCGAUGGUACACUCAACUCGACAGCUCACGUGGAAGUCAAAGUGGUAGACGUUCAGAAUUCACCGCCGGUGUUCAGCGGCUCCCUCACUGGAGCAUUAUCUGAAGAUGCCCCAGUGGGAACCCUGGCGCUGACCAUCAAAGCACGGGACGCGGAUAGGGCGCAACCAAGGGAUAUUAUGUUUGAACUUGUUACAAAUCCUUUAGACUUUUUCCUUCUGGACAGCGUGACAGGAGAGCUGCGCACGGCCAAGCCUCUGGACAGAGAGUCAUUAGCUGACCCUUCAUCACCACUGAACCUUACAGUCAGAGCAACAGAAAUAGUCAACGGGGCGCCCCUGGUCUCGGAGCUGACGUCUACCACCGCUACGGUGACGGUCACCAUCAAGGACGUGAAUGACGAACCGCCGCGCUUCAACAGAAGGGAAUAUAUGAUAGAAAUACCAGAGAGCCUUCCCGUGGGGACGCCUCUGCCCAAUCUGGAUAUGGUGGUGAUAGAUACUGACGUUGGUCUGAACUCGGCGUUCUCCCUGCGUUUAUCUGAUGAGUUCGGAGCGUUCAUAGUGGAACCGUCCACCGCGACUGGUAGUGCAUCUGUUACUCUACGACUAAAUUCAAGCCUCGACUACGAAGACCCCAACCAGAGGAAGUUUAUAUUGGAGGUGAUAGCUGAAGAGCUGCACACGUCUCCCCGUCUUUCGUCCAAAGCGAGCGUCACCAUCUCGCUGGUGGAUGUGAACGACAACGCGCCUGAGUUUGCCGACGAGCCGUACUUGGCGAGCGUCGCCGAGGCCGCGCCAGGGGGCGCCAGGGUCGCUGUAGUACAGGCCACCGACAGGGACACUGGCAGAUUCGGUACAGAGGGCAUAGUGUACCAGUUGUCGGGUAACGGAGCCGAACUAUUCAGAGUGGACAACAGAAGUGGAGUGAUCACGGUAGCCGCCUGUCCCACGCCUGGACAACCGCCCUGCCUCGACUACGAGACUAGGAAGGACUACUUCUUGCAAAUUAAGGCGACAGACAACGACGGCGCUGGCCAGUCGACUGUGGUGUCGCUACAGAUCUCGCUGACCGACUCCAACGACAACCCGCCCGUGUUCACCACGCCGGUGUACAAGGCCUCCAUCGAUGAGGACGCUGUCAAGUUCGAGCCGGAACUACAGGUGCAAGCGCGUGACAUCGAUGUGUCAUCGGAAAUACAUUACUCGAUCAUCGAACCUGCGACUCACCCGUUCUGGAUCGACCCGCUCAACGGCAGGAUUUUAGUCCGCUCGGAGACUGGUGUCGUGGCGCCAUCUAGUGACGAUAACCGUAUUGUACUCACUGUUUUGGCGACAGAUGGAGUUCAUAACGCAACUUGUAAAGUAGAGAUUGCGGUGCGCGAUGUGAACAAUCACGCUCCAGUCUUCGACGUCGCCGAGUAUGACGCUAAUGUCGCGGAGGACGCGCCCAUUGGUACUGAAGUAGCAGCGGUGCGGGCGACCGAUAUGGACAGCGGAAUCAACUCUGAAAUCAAGUACGCCAUCCAGAGAGGAGCGCUCGACUCGUUUGCCAUCGACAACGUCACCGGAGUUGUGACGGUGUCCUCGAAACUGGAUUACGACAAACGGGAUACUUUUAGAAUACAAAUCAUUGCUACCGAUAUGGGUAUGCCCAGUCUCACCGGCACUACUGAAAUAAAAGUCCACAUUUUGAACGUGAACGACAAGAAGCCAUCCUUCACGCCCAGUAUCCAGCGGGCGGAGGUGUCCGCCGAUGCGGAGCAGGGCACCUUGGUGCACAACCUGACCGCAGUGGACCCGGAUAUCACUGAUGACGAGCAACUGGUGUACGAGCUGGCUGCCGAUAAGAUUAUAAAGGCUGUAGACAAAAAUGGAAAGGAGGUGUCUGAAGAAGGUAUCUUCGGCUCAUGGUUCUCUGUUCACUUCAACGGCAGCGUCACAGUCUCCCAGCGUCUGGACCGCGAGAAGGCGGCAGUGUUGACGCUGCCUGUCAGGGUCACUGAUGCUUCGGCUCCUACCCUGCAGCAGACUGAUGGUGAAUUAAUAAUCACAAUAGUGGACGUGAAUCGUCACGCGCCUACUUUCACGCAGCCGGCGUACGUGGAGAGACUGCUGGAGGAGCAGCCAGUGGGUACUGUCCUCAACACGUACACGGCCAUCGACAAGGAAACUCCCAUAGCGGCCGUACUCAUCCAGCCGCCCAGUCCGUACUUCCAGAUCGAUAAUGUCACAGGAGUAGUGAAAUCGACGCAACGCAUCGACUACGAGAAAGUCCACAGUAUAAACUUUACGCUAGUCGCCAUCGACUCGGGAGUGCCGCAGUUGUCCACCACCGCGCUGGUGACCGUCGAGGUGAUCAACGUCAACGACGAGGAGCCAGUAUUCGCUGCUGAGGCGUACGACGCCACCGUCCCGGAGCACAGCGACGGUGGCACCAGGGUGGUCACCGUCACUGCUGUUGAUAAAGAUGAAGGGGAAUUCGGAGAGAUCACAUAUAAUCUAUCCGGAGCUCUGUCGUCAUUGUUUACCAUCAACCCCGCCACGGGUGUUGUCACUGUAGCAGAGGGCGCCGUCAUCGAUCGCGAGAAUACCUCCGACAUCUAUUUGCGGGCUAUCGCAAGUGAUAAUGCGCCGGCGCAGGUUCAGAAAUCCACUAGUGUACCAAUCCACAUAAAAGUUCUGGACAUCAACGACAACUCCCCAAUCUUCAGUCAGAAGGUGUACAAAAGCACAAUAGCGGAGAACCUCCGUUUGGAUCCACCAGCGGCGAUACUGCAAGUACUGGCGGAGGAUAAGGACGACGGCAUAAAUGGGAAGGUGGAAUACAAGAUCGUGGAGCAGAGUGAGCCAGGAACAUUCACCGUGGACCCAACGAACGGUAUAAUAUACCCAGCUAAGCCAGUCAGAGGUAACAGCACCUACCACCUGUCGGUGACCGCCACGGACGAAGCUGGUAACGGCAUCCAUUUCGACACAGCCAGAGUGGAUAUCACAGUGCUGAGUGUUAACAAACACAGCCCAGUGUUCGUGGAACCACCGCCCGAGCAGAGGCAGCUUGAAAUACCUGAGAAUGCAGCGCAAGCCGACUAUCUAAUCACAACUAUAAAAGCGACGGAUGAGGAUGACGGCGAGAACGGUCGCGUGUCGUACUACCUGAAGGUGGACAACCAGAACGUGGGGGAGACGCAGGAGUUCAGCCUCGACCCUGACUCCGGGGAGCUCAGAACUAAGACCUUCUUGGAUAGGGAGCAUAAGUCCGAAUACCAACUGGUGAUAGCUGCGGUGGACAACGGCACUCCUGCGCAGUUCGAGAGCCUGCGCCUUCUAUCAGUGGUGCUGGCUGACGAUGACGACAACAUCCCCCGGUUCCAGCAUGCGCAGCACAACUUCAGCAUCAGAGAGAACUUGCCGCCUGGCGUCAUUAUUGGUACCGUAAAGGCAACUGAUAAAGAUUCAGGCGAGAAUGGCAAAGUGUACUACCACGUAUUGGAGGGUAACGAGGACGGUGCGUUCACACUAGACAGAACGCAAGGUAUCAUUCGGGCUAACAUCAGCUUCGAUAGGGAGAAGAGAUCCGAUUACACGUUGACAAUAUACGCAAGCAACAACCCCCUCCUGCAGCAGAGUGUGGCGGUGUUCAACUCGCUGGAGAACACCACAGAAACCCAGGAGGGCAGCAUCACCACCGUCGCUGUGAAGGUACUGGACGAGAACGACAACGAGCCCAGGUUCCAGCAGAAGGUUUACUAUGCUGGUGUAAAACAUACGGCGCGCGUCAACGAACCCAUAAUAUCUGUGAUGGCGGAAGACCCUGAUCUGGAGGAAAAUGGUACACUGAUAUACAUAGUGGCUGCCUCAAACUUAUAUAAAUUCGGGGCAUCAAAAUCUAGCGGCAGUGUUGUGCCGUCACCUUUCAACAUCAGCCAAGAUGGUAUCCUAAUGACGGCCCACUAUAUGUCCGAGUAUAACCAAGACAGAUUCGUGUUGGACAUCAUAGCCCAGGAGCUCGCGUCGCCACACCGCCAGGCUAAAGCACAAGUUUACAUAUGGGUGAUCGACCGGUCGUCUCUUAUCCGCAUGGUAGUGUCGCGCAGCUGUAACGCGGCGGCGGUAGUUGGUGACGGUAGUGAUGGUGGUGGCAGCGUGGCGCGGCGACUGGAGGCGGCGGGCCGGGCGCUGCUGGUGGCGGGCCGCCGGCUGCCGCUCGUUCACGCCGACACGCGAUACGACGACUGGUGUGAAAUCCACCUGCACGCCGUGGAUCCGACCUCGUACCAAGUAUUGCCGGUGGAACAGGUUUUGGAGACUAUCGACUCCAAAUACGACGAGCUGAAGGACGUCUACCAGGAAUACGGGGUCGAGACCCUAAUCGCCGCUAGCGCCACCUCUAAAGCUCCGGACAGCUUCGACCCGGCUUUGGCUGCGUUGAUAGCGCUUCUAAUAGUGCUGUUCACUGGCAUCGUCACCUUCAUAGUGGUGUGCGCCUGUCUGAAACAUUGGGUGAUACCACCGCCGUCAAUGCCAUCCAGCAAGGGUGACAGCCUCGCCCGGCGGAGGAUACUCGAGGAGUUGAGCACCACAGAGAAUCCGCUGUGGUUGGAGACGAAGCUCCGCCCCUACGAGGAACAGGAGCUCACUAUGAACGUAUUCGGAGACCAGAACGAGCAGGGGAAUGGUGAUCAGCCACAGGCUGACAACACGUACGCAACUAUACAGGGCAGCCGGAAUACGGAAAGGUUCGGCGACUACGCCACUCUCGGCGGCGACUCGCCCACGCCGCUAGAAGCGGCUUUAGGCUUCCAGGGCAGUACCUUCAAGCCACCGUCUCCGAACACGCCUGAGCCUCCACCGCGGCCAUCGGAUUUGGGAUCACUAUGAUAUAAAAGAUGGAUCCUCAAUAAACAGAUGUAAGACACGCCACCCUAAUUAAUGACGUAUGUUAGUGACAUACGGUCUAAUAUCGCAUAAACGUGAUUAGGCCGUUAUGGUCUAUGAAAUACAGUGGGGUAAAAGAAAUAGGAAUGUCGCUCCGCCAUUUUGUAACACCUUAGCUGUCAAAGUAAACAGUUUAAAUAGAGAGAACAUAGAAGGCGUUUUUUAAAAAAAAACCGACAUUAAUAUUUCAUACAAACUGUAUUUAUUACGUGACAGUACAGAUACAGGAUCACAUACCUAUUUUUUUUUAAAUCCUUUCAUCGUGCCUCUGUGGUUUAAGCUAAUAUAGACUUUAUUAUAAUGUUCUUGAAGGAACAUUUUGCAGUUAGUGUGUUAUAAAAAUUAAUUUGUAUUGUGUACAAAAAUUGUACAAAAUGUCAAUAUGUUGUACAAUAUUAUGCUAGAUACAUUAAAAUGUAGAUAGGUAGGACUUAUAUAUAUAACAUAUAGAUAUAAUCAAGUCCUUUUGAUAUACUUAACUGUUUUAUACAUUUCCCCGGACUUAAAAAAAGCUAAAUGUCUAUUUGAGUCUUUAUUAAUAUUUAUAUAUUUUUUGCACUCAUUUGAUAUUUAGCCAUGAUGACUCUUAUACUCAAGGGAUUAUUUUAUAGAAAUAUUUGUUUUUUUUAUAAUUUAAUAUUGCUUAAUAUUAUUAUUUAGUAAAUGCAUGUUGACGACGUGUUACUAAUAUUUCGACAUCGAAACACAAAGACUGCCUUAAAUUUAUUUCGUUACCAAUAUUAUAUUAAAUUACAUAACAUGAGUAAAUAUUCAUACAGAACGCAAACUGCGUACAAGCGGCUCGUUGUAGGCACAUCCACAACUGUGUUAACGAUCUUGGAAGUACAGCGGUUUAACAUUUAUUUCCGAUGCGGAUUUAAUUUCAAAACGUAUACAUAUCUCUUUAUAAUUGUCCGUACGUUUUCCUUGUGAAAUAUAAAUAAUAUGAAGUUGUUUGAUAUGAGUUUAUUUACUUAAAAAUAUAUAAAAUUUUGGCUGACAGUUGUCAAUUAUUCAUGGGUAUGUCCUAUUUAUCUACCUACCUAUAAACACUGCUUAAUUUAGAACUGAACGACGCUGUUUUAAUAUUUUAAUAUAUAUAUGUAUAUAACAUAGAGUAAAGCAUGAAUCUAUAUCGAGCCGCUUCUAUGAAUUUUGGAUUCUGUAAGGAUAUUUACUCUUGUUGAGGUAACACGUCAGCAACGUUCAUUAUAAGUCAUUGAAAGAGUUUUGUAAUGGAAGCCAUUUUUUUUUAAAUAACUUGUGGAGGACGGUAAAUUAUUUUAAACAAUUUAUUAAUUAGGUUUCUUUUUUGUUUUAAAAUAUUUAUGUAGUAUUUAUAAAAGAAAAUUACAGAGAUUAAUUUAAUGUAAUUUUAUUAAAAUUUCAAGAAACUCAUUGCAUUUGACUGCGAUAUCUCCGUAGGUCUUUUAUGCAUUUUGUUUAUUUUAAACAUCUCGGAAUCAGCGUCGUCACUAUCUUAAAUUAAGGACGUAAAUAGAGAAUAGAUAGAGAGAGAGAGGACAUAAAAUAAUAUCCAACUACGAUUGAGGACACAAGAGAAUCUCUGUAAAUAAGGAUUUAUUUCUUAAUCACUGUAACGCUUAACACUUGUAUGUUUGUGUCAUAUGCGUUGUUUUAUAUUUAAGCCGCAUCUACGUCUAUAUAUGCAAUAAUAACUUACUGGUACACUAGUGGAUUUCAAAACCUGCGCCGGCGUAUUAUCACUUGCGAUAGCCUGCAAAUAGAUGUCGGAGUUUGUUUGCCAUUCUAAGUUGCAUAAAAAAAUCAUCCAUAAAGUAGUUUAAAAAGUAUCAAAUUAAAAUAUUAAAUUAUGAGAUAGAUACAGUAGGUUAGUUCUGCGUAAACUCUCGUAACAAUAGACGUAGGUGCGGUUAAUGUCGAUCUUAGCCAAUGCUCUUUUAAAUGGCGUUAAACGUAUAUUAAGUUUUUAAUUAACACCACUGUGUAAUAAUUUUUCUAUUGCCAUAUUUGUAAAAUUCGUUAUUUGUACAAAAAAUAAAUGGAUCUGUCAAUUAAGAUUAUAUUUAGGAGAGACUAAUAUUGAUGAUGAUGAUUGAUGAUGAAAUAUUGACUAUGAAACGAGCACACGCCGAUGUAUAAGACUUGUGUUCUGAAUUGAGAAUUAUUAAUCUUUGUUACAUUCAUUCAAACAUUCCAAACUUAGUUAAUAACUGCGUCUAAAAAUCCCUUUUUUUACGUCUUUUUUUGUAUGAAUUUGAAAUUAAAUUUAUCUGUCCACUGCUGGGCAUAGGCCUCCCCCAUAGACUGCCAUAAAGAACGGUCCUGAGCCACCUGCAUCCACUGACUGCCUACAAUACAUUUGAAGUGGCUCCAUCUAGUGGGAUCGUUCAACACUGCAUGUGCCUAUACGAGGUUGCCACACAAAUACCUUUCUUCCUUAUCGGUUACCGGUUCUUCGAGCUAUGUAACUAGUCUAUUGCCAUCUCAGCUUGCUUAACCUUCGGGCUAUGUCAACCAUUUUGGUACUUUAACGGAUAUUUUACCAGAAGGAGACUUUGUACAAAAGUCGAUUUCUUGGGUACCUCUGUCCCAUUCGUGUUUCAACCGUGAAGCAGCUGUGUUUGCAUGGCUGUGUUUCGGUUUGAAGGGUGGGAUAUGGAGUGAAUUUACUGGGUACAGAGGAAUAACACCUGAGUCCUCAGGAAUAGCAACGCAUGGGGGGUAUCAUGGGUGAACCAGUAUACUCUGUUAUGUCCAUGGUACUGCUCAUGUGUGUAGGCGACGGUUACCACUAUCCAUCAGGUGCACCGUCAGCUUGUUUGCCAUUCUAAGUAGUAUAAAAAAAAUCCACUCAGAUUCUAUCACGCAAAGAAACUCCAAGCAUAGCUCUCUCCAUAGCUCGCUGAGUAACCUUAAGCUUGCGGACAGUCUUGUAGAAAAUUAAAUUAAUUAUUACUCACUAAUUAUAAAUACAGAGGUACUUAUAAACACCAGAUACAGAUGGACAGACAGACAGACUUAUUGUCGUAUUUUUUUCUAAUUGUCAUAUCUUUUUUAUACAUUUCAAAAUAAAAUAUUAUUAUUGGUAUUUAAUUUACCCUCCAAAAAAAUAGGGGAAAUUCUCGAUUCAGAUACCAUAUUAAAGAUACUCAUUGUUUCAAGAAAAUUUAAUUUUUUUUUUUAAUAAAAUUAUUUUGUGACAAAAGCAUAGACAAACUAUUGUAACUAAUAUUACUACGUAGUAAAGUGAAUAGUCAAUUGUUAGUGUAAAUUUAAUUGUACAUAUUUGCCUCUAUUUUUAUACCUAAAAGUAUUAUAAAUAAAGAGAUUUAUCUAAAUAAUAAAUACAUUUUGUAAAUAA